AUGGCGGUUGGUGGACAUGUGCUUGGAAGUGUGUUCCAGUUUAAGCUUUUGCUGGAGCAUGGCAAGAACGGGAACUGUCUUCACCGGAAGCGAGGAUCCUUUGGGCCCCUGGAUGGCUUCCCUAGCUGCGUGGUGACCAGUGGCAUCGCAAACUUCUUCCUGGCUCACACAGAGCGCCUCCAAAGGGUUGGCUUUGAUCCCCGCCUGCAAAGAGUGGCUCACACAGAGUUCUUCGUUGAUGGACUCGGGAGCUUGUUGGUGGGGUCAUGCCCGGAAGUGGUUAUAGGUCACCAGAGUCAUUCAGCAAUGGCAGACUCAGAACUGACCUCCCUGGAGAAGGCCUACAGCACUUACCGAACCAAUACCAAGUCCCAGAUCCAGUUCAAGUUGGCCCUGCACUACUUCAAGAACUAUCUGCAUUGCUUCGCAUAAAGGUGUCCAGGCAUAGGAAAAGCACUAGGCUUACUGGUGGUGGGUAUCUGGAACAAUGGGACUGGUGAUUGGGUUACCAAAAAGAUGACUUUUUUUCCCCUUUUUGCCAGAGCACAGCUCAGCUCUGACUAAUGGUGAUAAAGGGGUUGAACCUGGAACCUCAGAGCCUCAGGCAUGAAAGUCUUUUGCAUAACUGCUGUGCGAUCUCCCCAGCCCCCUCCCCUCAUGAUUAUUAUGAAGUUUGAGCUAACUUUCACUGUGGAGCAGUACAUUACCUACCACGCACUAGAUCUCAGGUUUGAGCCCUGCACCUGGCACCCUGUGUCUCUCCCUCUUUCUCUGAAAUACAAAGAAAAAAAUUUUUUUAUUCUGGCCUGGGAGCAGUGGAAUUUCCCAUGUAUUAGGUCCUAACACUAUAAAGGAAAUAAACAAAAGAAAUUUGAUUUUUGUGUCUUGGGAGGUGGCACAGUGUCUAGAAUACUAGACUUACAAGGAUGAGAUCCCAUGUUCAAACCCCAACAUCCCAUAAGCCAGAGUGGUGCUCUGGCAUCCUCUGUAUAUCAUUAACAAAUGAUUCUUAAAAAAUUGAUUCCUGAUGGCCUUGGAAGUGAUGUGAUGAAUAAACUGCUGAACUUACAA